GUGUUUUAGUUACUUUGGCUAGAUGGCAGGUGAGAUUUUCCUGUUCAAUGAACCACUGCAAAAGUUGUUUUCUUGUAGUAAAUGCGACAAAGAUCUUUUUCUCGCGUUUCUCGUCAAAAUAAAGAUUUCUGAUGAUUUUUAAUACAUUGCUACGACUUUAGAUGAGUCUUAAGAGGGCUAGACCUUUUGGGAGUAUUUUCCCAACAAAGAAAAGGUCGAAUUUAUCGGUCCAAAGCGAUACAAGAUGUARUCUGUGUAGUGGUAUAGAUUGUGAUUGCAAUGUKAAUGAUCAAGACAUUGUAAAUAUUGCUGAUGAUACAAAGGCAGCAUUGUUAUAUAUCAAGUCUCUAUACUCCACAAAAGACAUACAAGACCGAGUACCCCACAUUAUCCUAAAACACCAGCUAUACAGCAUCGUCAAAGACAAAACUAUUGUGGAUAGGCAGUUGAAUGAAAUGUGGGAGAAGAAUGAGGUUCGUUUGUUCAAGCUUAUCUCUGGUUCAGAUGAGUUUGCUGUGGUUUUGACUCAAGACUAUGAGACACACAUAAGGGCCAAAAUGGAUACAAGUAGAUGCAAGAUUACAGAGAAAUUCCUGACUGAGAUUUUACCAAACUGCAUCGAUGUGAGCUUUAGCAAGACAACUUUGAUUGAUAAACAUAAACUCACAGAAGAUGAUAUUACAUAUUUAAUCAAAAUGGGUAUAUUAGCUGUACGUGAUGUUGGCAGUUGGUGGCUUAGUAUACCUGGUGUUGGUGUCUUUAUGAAGAACUUUAUUAAAGGAAGAAAGGCCAUAACACGAAUUUUGAAGACCAAGAGAUAUAAAGAAAUAUUACUGAAGGAAUUAGAGUCUAGAAGCCUAGCUAAUCAAUCCAAAUUAGGAAUUAUGUUCCACAUUCAUGACAUCAUUGGUGCCGARAUUGUAAAAAGCAUAGAAACCACAUCAGGACAACUACUUAGACUGACUGGCCCCUGAACAGCAAGAUGGGCAGGCAAUAUAAAACACAUUUAAAAUAUUUAUGUGGCAUUGUGAGAUAAUUUGAUAAAGAUAUUAGCACAGAUAGGUCCAACUUGUAAAUAUUUUUGAACCUGUUUAAAGAUAUCUUAAACACUGUAUUUUUUUAAUGUUCGCUAUAAUAUAUAUUUAUUAAAAAAUAAAAUCACCAGUUACAGUAAUUGUACAUUUUGCAUUUGAAGCAAGAGAACAUAGGCCKUUUCUGAAAUAGYAUKUCAUUGUGGUCUAGAUUUAGUACAAACAUCUUUUGUUCAUGCAGCCAAAUAUGGUAUUUUUUGUACUCAAGCUAGAACACAAUGUGCAUAAACCAAGCACAAAUCCUCAAAUGUACAUACAGUCAUAUAGAAUAAAAUAUUACUGUCAAAUAGGCAAAAUUUCUYUAGUCUCAAUCUGUAUGGCAAAAUCUGAGCAAAAUAUUUUUCCACUCACUCAAUAAGUACAUAAAACCACUCUAUUAUUUUGGAAUGACAGGUGUUUACAUAAUGACUUUAUGAAGGUUAUGCAUAAUAUAUGACAAGAAUAUAACAGCUAUACAAAAUAAAUCUGUAUAUAUGCCACUGA